GUUCCAUUCUCCAAGCCAGGAACAACAUGGCGGAAUAGGAAUUGUGGCGGAGACUUCCCCGGAUACAAGCAGAACUACUGGACUCUGGAUAUUACUGACUCAGUGCAUUCAGAUUAUCUGUGACUGGAUACCUAGGGCUCCCCAUAUACAGAGACCGAGGGGGAGAGGCUGUGUGUACAGCCAUAUUCUCUCUGUAGUUUUCAGGGGUGUGGAAUUCGAGAUUGGGAGAGAGAAGAGCUAUCCGGGAAAACAUCUUCUCCUUUCGGAUCGGGAGCGGCGGGGUCGCUGUGCCCUGUAUGGACCCCAGUGCCUUGGAGUGGAGGACCGAUGCCCGCUACACUCUUUAAGGGCAGCAUGGAUUCAAGACUCCUGCUCCUGCUGCUCAGUGCGGUGCUGACGGCUCUCUGCUCUGCCCAGGACCCCAACGCAGCUGCCGCUCUCACAGAGUCCCCUGUUCUGGCCGGAGCCUCAAACACUUUGUCAGAAAACCGCUCCUUUCUGCUUAACAACCUCACCCUGGCAACCACUGUCUCUACAGUAACCACCAUUGCCCCGAUGAAUGUGACUAUCUCUCCGGAGGCCAGCAACGCCACCACGAUCAGUACUGGCACCAACAAGACCACCUCCAGUAGGCCUCCCCCUCCCACAACCUCCCCCAGUGGGGGCAAUUAUACUGCCACCGACUCCCAACUCCCCCCCACCGUCAACAUCACAACGGCAGGGGGGGCACAGACUGCAGAGCCCACCACACCCCCUCCCUCUCCCCCCACUGUGGAGACCACAGCCAGCCUCACCACCUCAGGAGGAGCAGCAAAUGGACCAGAUGAGACUCCGAUCAUUGCAGUGAUGGUGGCCCUGUCCUCUCUGUUGGUCAUUGUCUUCAUCAUCAUUGUGCUGUACAUGCUGAGGUUUAAGAAGUACAAGCAGGCAGGGAGUCACUCCAACUCCUUCAGACUGGUCAAUGGGCGUGCGGACGACACAGAGCUCCAGAGCAUACCCCUCCUGGCCAGGUCUCCCAGCACUAACAGGAAGUACCCGCCCCUUUCUGUGGACAAGCUGGAGGAAGAGAUCAACCGGCGCAUGGCAGACGACAACAAGCUGUUCAGGGAGGAGUUCAACGCCCUACCCGUGUGUCCCAUCCAGGCAGCGUGUGACGCAGCUUCUAAAGAGGAGAACAAGGAGAAGAACCGCUAUGUCAACAUCCUGCCCUAUGAUCACUCAAGAGUCCACCUGUCUUCGCUAGAGGGGGUGCCAGACUCGGACUUCAUCAACGCCUCCUUCAUCAACGGAUACCAGGAGAAGAACAAGUUCAUCGCAGCUCAAGGACCGAAGGAGGAGACUGUCAAUGACUUCUGGAGGAUGAUCUGGGAGCAGAAUACGGCCACCAUCGUCAUGGUAACCAACCUGAAGGAGCGAAAGGAGGUGGGUGUGACAGUGCGGGCCGGGUCACGUGGGUACGAUGAGUUUUUGCAUGAUGUGGUUCCUGUCUGGCUGACUGGCUUGCUGCUCUUCUCCUCGCAGUGUAAGUGUGCUCAGUACUGGCCGGACCAGGGCUGCUGGACCUAUGGGAACAUCCGGGUGUCAGUGGAAGAUAUGAUGGUGCUGGUCGACUACACCAUCCGCAAGUUCUGCAUCCAGCAGGUUGGCGACGCAUCCAAUAAGAAGCCUCAGCGCCUCCUCACUCAGUUCCACUUCACCAGCUGGCCUGAUUUCGGGGUCCCCUUCACCCCUAUUGGGAUGCUCAAGUUCCUCAAGAAGGUCAAGACCUGCAACCCCCAGUAUGCCGGGGCCAUAGUGGUGCACUGCAGCGCUGGCGUCGGACGGACAGGCACCUUCAUCGUGAUCGACGCCAUGCUGGAUAUGAUGACAUCAGAGCGCAAGGUGGACGUAUUCGGCUUCGUGACGAGGAUCCGGGCGCAGCGCUGUCAGAUGGUUCAGACUGAUAUGCAGUACGUGUUUAUCUACCAGGCUAUGCUGGAGCACUAUCUGUACGGAGACACCGAGCUGGAAGUGACUUCGCUGGAGACACACCUGCAGAAACUCUACAACAAGACCCCCGUGACCACCUGCAGCGGCCUGGAGGCAGAGUUCAAGAAGCUGACGUCAAUAAAGAUCCAGAACGACAAGAUGAGGACGGGCAACCUACCGGCCAACAUGAAGAAGAACCGUGUGCUGCAGAUCAUCCCCUACGAGUUUAACCGUGUGAUCAUCCCAGUGAAGAGAGGAGAGGAGUACACAGACUAUGUCAACGCCUCCUUCAUUGAUGGCUACAGGCAGAAGGACUCUUACAUUGCCAGUCAGGGUCCUCUCCAGCACACCAUUGAGGAUUUCUGGAGAAUGAUCUGGGAGUGGAAGUCGUGCUCCAUCGUCAUGCUGACGGAGCUGGAGGAGCGAGGACAGGAGAAGUGUGUGCAGUACUGGCCGUCAGAGAGCACUCUGAGCUGUGGUGAUAUCACCAUAGAGCUGAAGAAGGAGGAGGAGAGCGAGAGCUACACCGUGAGGGACCUGCUCGUAUCCAACAACCGAGAGAAUAAGAGCCGGCUGGUGCGUCAGUUCCAUUUCCACGGCUGGCCGGAGGUGGGGAUCCCUGCAGACGGCAAGGGGAUGAUCAACCUGAUUGCAGCCGUUCAGAAACAGCAGCAGCAGUCUGGCAACCACCCCUUCACUGUACACUGCAGUGCUGGCGCCGGCCGCACUGGUACCUUCUGUGCCCUGAGCACUGUGCUGGAGAGGGUGAAAGCAGAGGGUAUCCUGGACGUCUUUCAAACUGUGAAGAGCCUUCGACUGCAGAGACCACACAUGGUCCAAACACUGGAGCAGUAUGAAUUCUGUUACAAGGUGGUGCAGGAGUAUAUCGAUGCCUUUUCUGAUUACGCUAACUUCAAGUAGACAGACGGAUGGAUGGACACGCCCGCUCGCUCGCAUACUAGAGAGAUGCCUUCUUGAAUAUUUUGUAAUACUGUAUUGUUAAUAUACCCGAACCUGUGUAUAUACUUCUGUUGUUUUAAGAAGCUAGAACAGUAAGCUUCAAUAGUAGCUGGAGAUUUUAUAUGUAGCAUAGACUUGGCAUAUUAUA